AUGGAAAAAGAAGAGCAUAGUCUUAUUAUUCAAAGACAACACCAGGAGUUAGCAAUGAUUAGAGAGGAGGUUAAUAGAAAACUUGAAACUCUUCAAAAAUCACUUCAAAUUAAUCAAUCAACUCUUCAACAAAUGAUAAAUUAUGAAACCACAACAAAGAAAGAGAUGGUUGAAAAGCUAAGGAGCGAGUUAUGUGCAAAUAAAGAAAACGAAGAGGCUCUUAAUAACUUUGAUAAGUUAUUAAGUUCUUUUAUAUCUGUUCAUGAAGAUGGAAAUCAAAAAAUUAAUAAUUGCAUAAAUGACACUAUAAACGAUUUCAAUAGAAUAAAAAAUGAUAUGUUGAUUAAUAUUGACAUAUCGUUAAGGUCACUAGAAAAAAGGUUACAUAGUUAUGAGUCUCAUUUUAGUGAAAUCGAAACUUUCCAAAAGAAAGUAGGUAGCUUCGAUCCACAUAAUAUCACAUUACGAUUUGUUGAUGGAGAUGUUAUUCUAGAUGAAAAGAUAACUAAAAAUAACAGAUUUAAAGGAACUUUAUUGGAAGAAUUUUUAGCAGCUUCAGAAAAUCAAGAAAAGGAUAGUUCUGAUCUCAAAGUUGUAGAAAUUAAUAGAAGCAAAGAAUUCUUUAAAUAUAUUCUUUCAUUCAUUACUGAUAAUGAAAUAGUUAUAGGUGAAGGAAGUAUAGCUUCUCUUCAAGCAGCUUCAAAUGAACUAACUGCUUACAGAAUUAUACCAGAAGAAAUCUAUCAGUCAAUGAGACAUGCCAUUACCUGUUAUUCAUUAGAGCAUCCUGAUCAAUCAGAUGAAGUAUUAUGUAGUGCUCUAGGUCUGUCUCAAUUUACACAUCUCUUUUCACUUCAAAAAGCUUGUUUACAAGUAAAAGAAGAAGAAAAAGAAUUUGCACAAAAAUUAUUAGAAUGCAAAACAUUUGCUGAAGCCACUACUGUUCUCCAAAAGAUUGUCACCAACAGACAACUGAGAAUUGAACAGAUGACAUCCCAACAGCUAAUUAAUUUUAUUGUCUCUGCUCUUCCCCAACGUACUUCAGUUGAUUUCAAAGUCUCAAAUACAAAUUUGUUCUGUCAAGGAAAUAGCGUCACAAAUAGACUACAUAAACAGUUCAAUGUAGCUAUGAUUCCAGAAAUAGUCUCAGCAUAUACUAUUAAGGUUGUUGCACCUGGAAGUUCAGGUAUUGGAAAUGCAAUGUACAUCGGAUUUUCUUAUGCCCCAUUAUCAAACCCACCUAAAGACCAACAAUGGGUUAAAUUGGGUUAUUAUAUGUCAGUCUAUAAUGGAAAUCUCUAUUCUGAGAAAGUUACCCCAAAUAGUGGAAACCACGUUUAUUAUAAUAAAAGAAUCACUCGUGACGAUUUAGUGGUUUGUUGGUACUCUCGUAUAACAAGAAGUAUUGGGUUCAUUAUAAAUGGAGUUCAGUUAGGUCCUGCAUUUGUUGGAAUUACUCAAAUAAACUUAUAUCCAAUUUUAGUUGUUUAUGAAGUUGAACAAACAUUUGCAGUUGAUAAAAUAUUACCAAUUCAAUGA